CAGAAACAAGGAAGCGAGCAAACAUGGGAGUUGCUGAAGUCCAUUGUGGAGGAGAGGCAGGAGAGGAAGUUGUCAAAAGCGAGACAGCUGCAACUCACUGAUGGCACCGCAGUCGAUAGCGAGAUAAUAGAUGGGCGGAUCGGAAAAACCCUGGCACCGUCAGUUGUUCCGAAGAUCGACAGAUUGACUGUGUCAGAGGAUGGCAUUCUUGGAUCUUGCACCCUCAUCUCUUGUCCCUUCGAUCGGCGACCGAUUUGCAGCCAUAGGGCGAUCAUCGCAGCCUUGCUUUCUCGUCAUGAUACUGCUCGGACUGGGCUCUGUACCCUCGUGUCUAUCCAAAAGACUUGCGCAGGGACUGUUGAAGCUGAUGUAAGACAGGAAGAGGUCGCAGAACAUGACGCAGACGCGAACACACCGGUGAAGGCACAUAAUGAUGCCCGGGGACCUUCGCAUCUGUUGCCAUGGCAUCGCCUCAGCUCCUCUCUGUGUUGUGUGAAUGUUGCAGCUGUUGUUGUGAACGAGCAGAAAAGGAGGAUGUUGCAGGUGGCUAUGUUGUCUUUCACGCAGAGCAAGCAGCACGCGGCAGGACAGCAGGCGCGGUCACCUGCUUUUUCUAAGCGACAGCAGACUUGCGCCGGUCUCUGAACCUUUCUCAAGUGUUUUGCCGCUGACAACACCUCAUCUCUUCAAAUCGGUUCAUCUCUUCUAAUCGCAUUCCUAAUCCCAAGCAAAGAUGGCUGAACGCAGACUCAUUCUGCUCGAGUCCUACUACACAAAAGAUAACAACAAGCAACUCUGGCGAAUCACCAAUCCCCCCGGCCUGCCGUUCUACGACAGUGUCAACGACUAUGAAUUUGUCCGGCCAGCGCACUGUAGACCCGGAGUGAUCGCCGAGAUGUCCAAGAUCAUAUCUCUCAUGUCAACAACCGACGAAUGGAAGUUUGUCGGCGUCAUCAGCAAAGGUCCUGCGGGCGAAAUCAUCAAGAUGGAUGGUGACAACUACAGAAGAGCAGUCAUUGAGAGAAUUUCUCGUUCUGCACAUGCUUGUACCAGCUGCGGAAUGCCGUGCUAUCGCAGCGAGGUCUGUCUUCCGGUUCAAGGCAAGUCAACCAGCGCCACGGCUCCUUCGGUACUUCCUGGCGGGAUCAUUCAGCCACCGAUGUACAGAGUCUAAGUGCAGAUACUCGCAUUUCACUCCUAGGGCUGCUGCGUCGGCGAUACCGAGUAUGGGGUCUACAUUCAGAAGACACACCAGAUCCUUGACGAAGAGGCUACUAUGUAUCUUCGAGUCUUGGGCUCUGUAACAAUUCACUGGUGCUGGUGGCAUCACGUCACGUUGUGAAGUCCGGUAUGCGUGAGAUUGACGUGGACGUCAAUGAAGAAAUGGCUGAAAUUCAUGUCAGAAGUCGAACCCGGCGAUCUAGGGUCGAGGGUUACGUCUAUGGUGAAUUUGCUCAAGUGUAUGUCACUCGCUGAAGUCUGAAGACAAGGGCAAUUGUCCAAUGGCUGGAUCUCGCUGUAAGAGCAGAUGGUGAACUAGCAUUAGCCCAACGGAGAUAUUUGCAGAAAAUACGGUGGCAGUACCGCGUACGUGGCUAUGCUCUCGCACUGUCCCCGCAGCGACUAAAG